GUACUGCACUCAGCUAUAUGACAACAGGUGGACGCACCUUCGUAUCCGUGUGAAAAUAGUCUCAAUGAACCUAGAUUGAAACGUAUAGCAGGCUUUACAAGAGAUCAUGAGCGAUUCAGAGCCGGACACUCAGCCCCACCCGGCCAGCGGACCACGCCCGGCACCUCCGACCAAACCAAACCGCCCUGCAGCUGGCACACACGUGCACGCACACACACCAACAUCCCAUGCAAGACCUACACCCGCCGUUAGACCUCGUCCCGCAUCUCGUCCCACGCCGUCAGCGGGAAUAGGAAUAACACAAUCCCAUGGCACAGCCGCAAAGGAAGUCGAGACCUCCGAUGGGGGGGAAGGCGGCAAUUCAAACCCGCCCAGCGGCGAUGGCUCGCCCGUAGCUAACAGAAGACCCACGGCUACGAUGCCGAAAGACGCUAGGGAAGCUCGUGGUCGUGUUCAAGCCAAAGCAGAGGCACAUAAUAAUGCGGUUGCCGAAGGCAGUGAUGAGAUGACAGUUCGAGGUGAGGACAAGGAAAAGGGAACAGAAUCACAUGAUACGGAUAUACAUACCGAACCCAGUGACAUACACACCCAGGAAGGAGAUACACAGUCUGUAAGUGGUAUUACUGACAAUGGAAAAAAACAUAGUGAAUCACAGAAUGGAGAGGACUCCGAUAAUCACCUUGAUAAAGAAGACUCGGAAGGCACGGCGACAACGGCUAGCGAAGUGCUCGAAGAUGUCCCUGACCGUAUUGGUGAGCAGACCAAACUUGAAGGCGAAGAAAAUAAGGCGCAUACAGAAGCAGUAGAAGAAUCUGGUUCGAAAGUGAAAGACUCAGCCGACAGUAGCUCAAAGUCGUCGGUGAAAAUAGGAGACGGGGCUGCAGAUGUUUACACGGUCACAGAGAGUCAGCCAACUGCGCCCAGCAGGACAUCUAAGUCAUUGGAUGCUCGUCCUCAGAGCAUCGCUGUGUUUGGAAAUAGCCCGGCGCUACAUCCAGAGGAUAAUGAAAAGGAUGAGUCAAUUCAAUCGUUGGAUUCAAUUAAAGCCGCAUUCGAGUCUUCCACGGCAGAGCAUGGUGACAAGCCCUAUCCACAUGUACCUCCAAAACCGGGAAAACGUUUUAUGAUGCCGGGUGGCGCACCACAGUUCAAUCCCUUUGCAGGAGGAGGCAUGCCAUCGAGACCUAUUAAGCCUCGACCACGGGCGUCGGAAGAUGAGAAUCAGACAGCGCCAAUCAUUGCACAUUCAGGACCCCAGUUUAAUCCAUUCGCCGCAGUAUUAUACCUAAUCACCCAUAGGGAUGUUGGGGAUGCCAAAUCACCGAUAGCAGGAUCACCAGUGAACAGUCGGAAAGUGGGGUCCAAAAUUGCAGCCUUGCAGGCCAAAAUGUCGGCCAGCAUGAGAGAGGCGGAAGAAAAGCAGCUGGCCAAGGAAGAAGAAGAGAGGAAAGAGAAGGAGGCAGCCGAAGCUGCUGGCAAUUUAGCACCCACAUCUAAGAUAACAACAGCUCGGAAGCCCGGUCGAGCAGGAGGUGCACGUCCUGGCCGACGCGCGCCAACGCGAGCCAAUCCAGUAUUUUUGACCGAUGGUUCUGUACAGCGAAUCAACUACACGGCUACGUCUACGGCCAAGGAAGUGGUGGCAAUGGUUGCUGAUCGGGUAGAUGCGACUGGCGUUACGGAUGCUGAUGACUACGAGAUACUUGAGGUGACCCAAGCAGAGGAAGGCGAGAGUGACACCCACAGAGCUAUGAACGAUGACGAAGUGCUUGCCAAAGUUAAAGAUACCUGGUCAACACCCGACAGCAGUAGAUUCGUGUGGGCCAAAAAGGGUGAUACCUUCGCAGUCACCUGGCCCGAGAGUACGAAAAAGUCUGGGGAAGGGGAAGAACCUAAAAUGGAGACGAGUGCCGAGGAUGCAGAUAAUCCCAUAGACACGAGUGAAGACAAGGUCGACGUGACGACACAACACGUAGAAAGUACAGUGGAUCCCACUGAGUGUCCCGAAACGACGGAAGUACAAGAGCAGGAUGCUGAUGAGCUCAAGCGAGAGUCGAUCGAUGAUGAUUCGGACAACACGCAUGACCAAAAAAAAGAAGAAAAUAGUGAACAGGAAAGCGGCAGCGACGAAAUUAAGGAGACACCUGCCAGCCCUUAACGAUACAAU